GUACGUAAAACUAGCAGUUUGCGGAGGGCGGACGGUUGCAACGUACCAUCGAGAUAUGUCUGACUACCUAACUACGGCAGACACGACAACCACGUCGAUGCAAGGCUAUGUGAGACUCGUAUGGUCAUUGAGAGAACCAGACAAUUCGUUGUCAGUUUCUAUGCGUCCUGAUCGAUAAAUCCAACCAACGGAUACUUCUUCGAGACUUGAUUGCAUUUAGCCGGGACCCUCCACUGGACAUUUGUGCCUAUCAAAGCACGACAGGCACCUUCCGACCCCUUACAUUAGCUGAAAAGCUUCGUAUUCUUCAAUCCAGGAAGUCGGGAAGGAGAACAACAGAGAUAACUCUAUUUUUAUCGUCCGGUGCUACUCUGUUGCCCAACGUUACGCAGUGGCAUGAUGGCGCCUUUCUCGUGCGUAUACGGGCUUUGAAAGCUCUACUUCGGGGCGCUGUGAAGUCGUACUUAAAGACCCGGCACGGGAGCCUGCAGUUUCUCGAUACGACUCAGCCAUCGCAUCAGCUCUUCAUCUAAACACGAUAAUCCCCAGCCGGUUCCGAAUUCGUCUCUGCUGGAUAUAGACAUACAUACGCAGGAACGCCAUCAUGCAGUUCAAAGCCAGCCUAGCAACCCUCGCCCUCACGACCGGCCUCACGGCCGCGUACGACCCCACCCCGUUCGUCAGUCCCCUGCAGCCGUGGCAGAUCCCGCGUUUCACAAUCUCGCUGCCGCCUAACAAGCUCGGCGCCGCGGGCUACGCUACCAUCAAGCUCGCCGUCAGCAACCCGAACCAAGUAUCCGCGGGCCCGGCCCCGCACGCAGCAGGCGGCGGGUACUUACCCUUCGCGCCCAGCGCGGCGAACUGCACCUCCACAGGCCACGACACGCCGGCGGCAAUGAACGGGUCCUGCGUCGAGACCUCGCAGGACUCGUACGGGGUGUGGCAGGUUGGCGUGAUCAGCACGGACGCCACGGCCGCGAUUGAUCCAAGGGACGUGCAGGUCCGGCUUACGCUGACGUAUAAUGUGACGCGCUGGAACGCGGUGUGGUUCAAGGUGUACCAGGCCACGGCGCGGUUCUCGCUCGAUGAGAAUUUGGUCCUGGGCGAGUGUGCGGAUCAUGAUAGACAUUGCUCGUAUGAGCUUAAUCCUGAUUUGGCGCCGUUGGAGGUGGAGCCGGAGAUGGUGGAUUGUCGGGGGACUUGCUCUAAUGAUCCUUAGGGGUUGGAGAGGGUGUUUUUGGGAGUGUUUAGGAUGAUGAGGCUAAGGGGUAAGGGUUAGGUUUAGUAGAAUGGGGAUGGGGAUGUUUCUUACAGUAGGUGGAUUUUAGAGGACUUUCUUCGCAGUCAUUCUCUCUGCUCUUGUUAAGAUGAAAAGAUGAAGAUCCGUGGAUUUUUCAAUUCGGGGGACGUACAUAUUAGUUAGAUUAUCUCAUUAUAGAAUGGGGUUAUGAGGUUGAUGAAUAGGGGCUAUGUGAUUACGCGACUCUAUCGUUACCUAUACUACGAUUUUAUGAUUCUUAGGAAGUACUAUCAUGAUAGGUAUAGAAUCUAAGCAAAC